CCGCCCCGCACGGCCAGGCAAAGCAGAGCCGGCCGUGCGGUGUGUGUGUAUGUGUUCGCGGGGCGCCGUCUCAGCCCCGGGAAGAUGGUGGUGGCGGCGGCGGCGGCCACUCAGGCGAGGCUGAGGAGGAGGACGGCGGCGACGACAACGCCUGCCGACAGGAACGGCGGACAGCGCCGGGACUGGGACGCGACCGGGGCUGGGAGGCCGGGGCUGGGGGCCGGGCUGCGCCUCCCGCGGCGGCGGCUGCUACCGCUGCUGCUGCUGCUUGCGCCGCCGCUGCUGCUGCCCUGGGCGGCCGAGGCCGCGGCGGCGGCGGCGGCGGUGUCGGGCUCAGCCGCAGCCGAGGCCAAGGAAUGUGACCGACCCUGUGUCAACGGCGGCCGCUGCAACCCUGGCACCGGCCAGUGCGUCUGCCCCGCUGGCUGGGUGGGCGAGCAAUGCCAGCACUGCGGGGGCCGCUUCAGACUAACUGGAUCUUCUGGGUUUGUAACAGAUGGACCUGGAAAUUAUAAAUAUAAAACGAAGUGCACAUGGCUCAUUGAAGGACAGCCAAAUAGAAUAAUGAGACUUCGUUUCACUCAUUUUGCUACGGAGUGUAGUUGGGACCAUUUAUAUGUUUAUGAUGGAGACUCAAUUUAUGCCCCACUAGUUGCUGCCUUUAGCGGUCUCAUCGUUCCCGAGAGAGAUGGCAAUGAGACUGUCCCUGAGGUUGUUGCCACAUCAGGUUAUGCCCUGCUGCAUUUUUUUAGUGAUGCUGCUUAUAAUUUGACUGGAUUUAAUAUCACUUACAAUUUUGACAUGUGUCCGAACAACUGCUCAGGCCGAGGAGAAUGUAAGAGCAAUAAUAGCAGCAACACUGUCCAGUGUGAGUGUUUGGAAAACUGGAAAGGGGAAGCAUGCGACAUUCCUCACUGUGUCCAUGACUGUGGUUUUCCUGAUCGAGGUAUUUGCAAUUCGAGUGAUGUCAGAGGAUGCUCCUGCUUCCCCGAGUGGCAGGGUCCCGGAUGUUCAAUUCCUGUACCAGCUAACCAGUCAUUUUGGACUCGAGAGGAAUCUUCAAACCUAAAGCUCCCCAGAGCCUCUCACAAAGCUGUGGUCAAUGGAAAUAUAAUGUGGGUUGUUGGAGGAUAUAUGUUCAACCACUCAGAUUACAACAUGGUUCUAGCGUAUGACCUUGCUUCUAGGGAGUGGCUUACCCUAAACCGUUCCGUGAACAGUGUGGUUGUCAGAUACGGCCAUUCUUUAGCAUUAAACAAGGAUAAAAUUUACAUGUAUGGAGGAAAAAUUGAUUCAACAGGGAAUGUGACCAAUGAAUUGAGAGUGUUCCAUAUUCAUAAUGAGUCAUGGAUAUUGUUGACCCCUAAAGCCAAGGAGCAGUAUGCAGUGGUCGGGCACUCGGCGCACAUUGUCACAUUGAAAACUGGCCGAGUGGUCAUGCUGGUCAUCUUUGGUCAUUGCCCUCUCUAUGGAUAUAUAAGCAAUGUACAGGAAUAUGACUUGGCUAAGAACACAUGGAGUAUAUUACAAACCAGUGGUGCCCUUGUCCAAGGGGGCUAUGGUCAUAGCAGUGUCUAUGACCACAGGACGAAGGCCCUGUAUGUUCAUGGGGGCUACAAGGCUUUCAGCGCCAAUAAAUACCGGCUCGCAGAUGAUCUCUACAGAUACGAUGUGGACACCCAGAUGUGGACCAUUCUUAAGGACAGCCGAUUUUUCCGUUACUUACACACAGCUGUGAUAGUGAGUGGAACCAUGCUGGUGUUUGGAGGAAACACACACAAUGACACAUCCAUGAGCCAUGGUGCCAAAUGCUUCUCUUCGGAUUUUAUGGCUUAUGACAUUGCUUGUGACCGCUGGUCAGUGCUUCCCAGACCUGAUCUCCACCAUGAUGUCAACAGAUUUGGCCAUUCAGCAGUCUUACACAACAGCACCAUGUAUGUAUUUGGUGGUUUCAAUAGUCUCCUUCUCAGUGACAUCCUCGUAUUCACCUCAGAACGGUGUGGAGCACACCAGAGCGAAGCUGCUUGCCUGGCAGCAGGACCUGGCAUCCGGUGUGUGUGGGAUACAGGGUCAUCUCAGUGUAUCUCCUGGGAGUUGGCAACUGAAGCACAAGAAGAAAAGUUAAAAUCAGAAUGUUUUUCCAAAAGAACUCUUGACCACGACAGAUGUGACCAGCACACGGAUUGUUACAGCUGCACAGCCAACACCAAUGACUGUCACUGGUGCAGUGACCAUUGUGUCCCCGUGAACCACAGCUGCACGGAAGCCCAGAUCUCCAUUUCCAGAUACGAGAAUUGUCCCAAGGAUAACCCCAUGUACUACUGUAACAAGAAGACCAGCUGCAGGAGCUGUGCCCUGGACCAGAACUGCCAGUGGGAGCCCCGCAAUCAGGAGUGCAUUGCCCUGCCCGAAAAUAUCUGUGGCAUUGGCUGGCAUUUGGUCGGAAACUCCUGUUUGAAAAUUACUACUGCCAAGGAGAAUUAUGACAAUGCUAAAUUGUCCUGUAGGAACCACAAUGCCUUUUUGGCUUCUCUUACAACCCAGAAGAAGGUAGAAUUUGUCCUUAAGCAGCUGCGAAUAAUGCAGUCAUCACAGAGCAUGUCCAAGCUCACCUUAACCCCAUGGGUUGGCCUUAGGAAGAUCAAUGUGUCCUACUGGUGCUGGGAAGAUAUGUCCCCAUUCACAAAUACUUUGCUCCAGUGGAUGCCGUCUGAGCCCAGUGAUGCUGGAUUCUGUGGAAUCUUGUCAGAACCCAGUACUCGGGGUUUGAAGGCUGCAACCUGCAUCAACCCACUCAAUGGCAGUGUCUGUGAAAGGCCUGCGAACCACAGCGCGAAGCAGUGCCGGACGCCGUGUGCCCUGCGGACGGCGUGUGGAGAGUGUACCAGCGGCAGCUCUGAGUGCAUGUGGUGCAGCAACAUGAAGCAGUGCGUGGACUCCAAUGCCUAUGUGGCUUCCUUCCCUUUUGGCCAGUGUAUGGAGUGGUACACCAUGAGCAGCUGCCCCCCUGAAAAUUGUUCAGGCUAUUGUACCUGCAGUCAUUGCUUGGAGCAGCCAGGCUGCGGCUGGUGCACUGAUCCCAGCAACACGGGCAAAGGCAAAUGUAUAGAGGGCUCCUAUAAAGGACCAGUGAAGAUGCCUUCUCAGGCCCCUGUGGGGAAUUCGUACCCACAGCCCCUUCUCAAUGCCAGCAUGUGCCUGGAGGACAGCAGAUACAACUGGUCUUUCAUUCAUUGUCCAGCAUGCCAGUGCAAUGGCCACAGCAAGUGCAUUAAUCAGAGUAUCUGUGAGAAGUGUGAGAACCUGACCACAGGCAAGCACUGCGAGACCUGCAUAUCUGGCUUCUAUGGUGAUCCCACCAACGGGGGGAGAUGUCAGCCAUGCAAGUGCAAUGGGCACGCAUCGCUCUGUAACACCAACACGGGCAAGUGCUUCUGCACCACCAAGGGCGUCAAGGGAGAUGAGUGCCAGCUAUGCGAGGUAGAAAAUCGAUACCAGGGAAACCCUCUCAAAGGAACAUGUUAUUAUACUCUUCUCAUUGACUAUCAGUUCACCUUCAGCCUAUCCCAGGAAGAUGACCGCUAUUACACAGCCAUCAAUUUUGUGGCUACGCCUGAUGAACAAAACAGGGAUUUGGACAUGUUCAUCAAUGCCUCCAAAAACUUCAACCUCAACAUCACCUGGGCCGCCAGCUUCUCAGCUGGAACCCAGGCUGGAGAAGAGAUGCCUGUUGUUUCAAAAACCAACAUUAAGGAGUACAAAGAUAGCUUCUCUAAUGAGAAGUUUGAUUUUCGCAACCACCCAAAUAUCACUUUCUUCGUUUAUGUCAGUAAUUUUACCUGGCCCAUCAAAAUUCAGAUCGCCUUCUCCCAGCACAGCAAUUUUAUGGACCUGGUACAGUUCUUCGUGACUUUCUUCAGUUGUUUCCUCUCUUUGCUCCUGGUGGCUGCUGUGGUUUGGAAGAUCAAACAAAGUUGUUGGGCCUCCAGGCGUAGAGAGCAACUUCUUCGGGAGAUGCAACAGAUGGCCAGUCGUCCCUUUGCCUCCGUAAACGUUGCCUUGGAAACAGAUGAAGAGCCUCCUGAUCUUAUUGGGGGAAGUAUAAAGACUGUUCCCAAACCCAUUGCCCUGGAGCCGUGUUUCGGCAACAAAGCUGCUGUCCUCUCUGUGUUUGUGAGGCUCCCUCGAGGGCUCGGUGGAAUCCCUCCUCCUGGGCAGUCAGGUCUCGCGGUAGCCAGCGCCCUGGUGGACAUUUCUCAGCAGAUGCCAAUAGUGUACAAAGAGAAGUCAGGAGCCGUGAGAAACCGGAAGCAGCAGCCCCCCGCGCAGCCUGGGACCUGCAUCUGAGGCCGGGCCGGGGACUCUCCGUGAGCGAGCCGGGGGUGGGGAGGGUGGGGUGUGGCCGGCGCGCGGGCGCCCUCUGCAGGGAGGGGGCAGGCGGGGAGAUGCUGCGUGGAGCGGGCUGAAGACUGGAAACCCUCGAAACAUCGACUCCUCUGCAUGUUCACGAGCUUUCUUUGCCGGUUUCUCCCAUGUGUGCUCCAGCAUCUAACCUUUUACUUUUGCAUAGGAAAUAAUUGAUUUAAUGGCAGAUCCAGGGGUGACCCAGUUGUUGCUGGAGGAGGCCGGGGCAGAGCCAGUGAGAGAGCUGGGAGCAACACUCAGGUUCACUUGUGGAAAACUGUUCUUGGGGCUGUCUCAACUUGCAAAAAACCGAAGAUGUAGUGUUUACAAGUAGACAUCCACCACCAGUCGUUCUUGAACAUGGUCUUUUAAAAACUAGUCAGAUGAAUGAAUUUGUCCUCAUCUGAAGCCUGCUAUCUUUUUUAAAAGAUGUGCUACUUAUUCUUGCAUGACGUAGGCAAACCUCUCUCUUGCAGGGAGUAGCUUUUUUCUAGUUGAGAAUAAACAAUGGUCCAUCUCUUUUGAAUCAUAUCAAACUAAGGUAGAAGGGGGCUAUUUUAAAUGUCAAGGUCAGCAGUGUUACUUAGAAUGUAAACUGAUGUAAUAGGUAGUUUUCUAUAGCAACUUGAUUAAUUUAUUCUUAAUCCAUUUGAAAUCCUCUCCCUCUCUCUGUCUCUCCCCCUCUCUCAUGUCUCUCUGUCUCUCUCUCUCACACACAUACACACACACUAAGUGCCUAGACUUGAAAUAGAUCUAGCAAUUGGAAAGUUAGUAAGCCUAAGUUUUUCCAUAAUUGCAUUCCUACAUUCUUAAAAAAUUUAAAUAGCUACCAUUGGCAAUCUGCUCUUUUUCUAAAAUCUAAUUUGCAGCCAGGAAAGAAUUUUCUCAUCCCAGGGAACGUUUAACCUAGCAGCAGGGACUGAGAGGAAAGCAGAAAUGACCAAGCUGUGAAAGCUCCUGUUUAUGUUGUUGUCAAAAGACAGAAGCACUAAAUAAGGUGUGGUCCUUGUGUGCUCCCUGCCCGCUGCCCCCCACUCUAGGCCUGACAUUGGCUCCAGCCCUUCUGGCCACUCCUGCCAGGACACCACAGAGGCAGGGACUCGUCCAUGUUACAUGUCUCCCUUGGGCAGAAAAGAGCAUGCCAGCCCUUAGGAUCCCUGCAUCAAAGAGCAACAGUGUGCCCUACAGCCUGCCUUGAGCCGGUGGGUCAUCCUCAGGCUGCAGGUGGAAUCGCACGCCCAAAGCCUGGAGAAGGACCUAGAACUGUUUGCCUGCUCUCCUCCAGGAGAGGCUCAGCUCGGCCCUCCCAUCCUCCUUCUCAGCCC